GCUCGUCUCAAUAUGAGGAUUCUGAUGAUGGUCACUUUUUCAAUUUUGGUCUUCGGAUUCGUCUCGGUUUUUGCAGCCGAUGAGGUUGAUAACAAUUCAGGUGGGUCUGGCCAGGUCGAAAUGUCAUCAACAACACCAGUUAAUAAUCGAGUCCCGAAUAAGGAUAUGGCCAAUAAGCAAGUUGAUGGACAUGACUCUGAGGAUAGUUUUGAUUUACCAACUACACCGGGGAUAGUUCCAGAUCCAAAUGAUGAUGGUCAGUUAUCAGUUGAUAUGAAUGUUGCUGACGAAGGGAAUGCUGAUAGUAACGAAAAUGGUGACGGUAAUAAUGUUGGUAAUGAUGAUGGUAAUAAUGGUGGUAAUGGUGAUGGUAAUAAUGGCGGUAAUGGUGAUGGUAAUGGUGGUAAUGGUGAUGGUAAUAAUGGUGGUGAUGGUGAUGGUAAUGGUGGUAAUGGUGAUCGGACGAGCGAUGGUUUUGAAAGUUGCGUAAGCUCGGCUUCCAGUAGUACAGUAGGGAGCAUAAAAAAUGGCAAUUACUGUCCAUGUGAUUUCAUGGUGAAUACUCAUUUGAUUUUAAUGAAAAUUUCAGUUAAUUAAU